AUGGCCAUGAACACAGCUUUUGUUAGACUGCUACAACUGCUACUGCUGCUCCUACCGCCUUCCCUCCGUGAUUACCCGUGGGCGGCGCCUAGUGACCAUGGCGUGGGUCAGAAGCUCCAAGCCUACCACCCCAUAAUCAUGAGCGCCGGCAUCAGCUGCCCCGUUCUGGAGGCGCGGCUCACCGACGCCUACACUCCGUCGCUGCCGCGAUGCGGUGCGUUCAAGGGGAAGGGAUGGUUCCCGCUAUGGAACAGCAAACAGGACCUGGUCGACCAUGACUAUGUAUCCUGCUUCGAGGAGCAGAUGAGCCUUGUUUUCGAUCCCGUCACCAACGACUACCGGAACCAGCCUGGCGUCGAGACUCGGGUUCCAGACUUCGGCUCCGCAUAUGGAUUCUCCUACAAGGACGAUAGCUGCCCAUUUUGUUGUAACGUAAAGCUCCGCAAUGAACUUGAAGCACUUGGAUAUCGGGACGGAGAUACCCUUUUCGGUGUGCCUUAUGACAUACGCCAUGCUCCACCACGGCCUGGCCAGCCUUCUGAGGUGUACUCAGACUACUUUGCUCGUGUCAAGGAUCUGGUGCAGAAUGCAAGCGCGAAGAAUGGGAACAAGCCCGUUAUCUUCGUCGGCCAUAGCUUUGGUGGCAAGCUCAUUCUCGACUUCGUGAAUUCUACCCCCCUUUCAUGGAGGAAACAAUUCAUCAAGCACCUUGUUCUACUCUCGCCAACUCCUCCUACAGGAUUUCUGGAGGCACUCAAAAACCUCGCAUCGGGACCGAGCUGCAUUCAUUUCGAUGCCGCUCCGCACCUUGCUCUGCGUACGAUGUGGUGGUCAUUCGCAAGUUCCCUUCUAUCUCUUCCAUCACCAACGGUGUUUACCCACGAGCCACUCAUAAUCACCAAACAUAGGAACUACUCGGCAUAUGACUAUCCAGAUUUUUUUGCAGCACUCGGUUUCAGUAUGAAAGGAAUGUUGCCCUUUACUAAAUGGGUGUUUCCCACAAAUAUGAGGGUUGAGGCGCCAAUGGUUCCAACGACAUAUCUCAGCGGUUUUGGCAUUCAAACGAUAAAUCAAGUGGUAUUCUGGGACGGCAACUUCGAUGUCUACCCAGAAAAUGUGUAUGGCAACGGAGAUGGAGUUGUCAAUUGGAAUAGUGUGUUGGUAUUCGCCAAUGAACUCAAAAGGCAGCAUUGUUUGAAGAACAUACUCUUUAAAUUCAUCAAGAUUCCUAAUGUUACGCAUGGUGAAAUUGCUAGUCAAGACAAUUCUCUCAAGAUAAUUAUGGCUGAAAUUUUAGAAGCUAAUUCUUGA